CACUUUUCAGCUGACUUGAGCUUACUUAUCGACGAGUGGGAUCGCUUGCGUGAUCUCUAUAUUCAAAGAAAAACCGAACGUGCAGAGGAUGGUUCCGAUCGACUAUGUGCGCCAGACUUCCUAUCCGAAUCUAUGCAGUGGAUAGACGAAUACAUAUUCGAAGACGCGCCGCUUUCAACACAAUCUCAUAUAUCUUUGUCACCAACUAAUGCCCAGGAUGUCUAUUUUAACGAAGUCAACCACGAUGUGAUGAUAUCAGGAUACCAGCAGCCUUCACAGACCACCACUGCUCAACGGCUACCCCAGGCGGAUUCGCACAGCGGAGGUUACAUUUUGCUUCGACAGGCAAGCCCUACUGGAGGUCAGACAACUAUUCGAUUGGUGAGCACAACUCCUGGCGGAGGCGAGAGUGCGAAUAGAAGUGGGACUCAGUCGCAAAAAACUACUGGAGGAUCUUCAACAAGUGCGCGAUCGCAACGAGUUCAGAUUGUCCACGCACCGACUUCUUCCUCCUCUCAAUUUGUCCAGAAAGUUCCUCAAGAAGGUGUGACCGUGACAGCUAGUGGCAGCGCUGGAAUGGUUGGAAGCGUCAAAAAAGAUACGAUGACAAUGGUAGUGGAUCCAAAUUCAUACUAUUCGAACGGUGCACAGAAGGUGUACAGACUAGUUAACGUGUCGGAUUUGGAUUCUGGGUUCGCGCUUUGUCUUCUUCUGUAUUUUCCAUGUACCGAGUGCUAUUUUACCGAUUGCUCAUCGCGAUUCACUAUUUCUGCAAUUUCAGUGUCCAUCCUCCACCCAGGAAGCGCAUUGCUAUCAUGCAAGAAACAGCCUGGAGUUUCCUCACUGCAGAAUACGGCAGUAGCUAGUGAACCGUCUUCGUUAGGCUCGGCAAGAGGGUCGAGUGCUGUGGCUGGUCCUCGAGGCCAGCUUGGAGACGACAUCAUCAUUGAUGACGGAAUAGAGGAACGAACUGUUGUCAUCGAACAGCACGAUUCUGAUUCUCCUCUACUGGGUGACUCGCCGUUAAGCACGAUGAUGGUAAGUGGCCAUCAGGCUGUCCCGCGAGGAAGCCAGUCUCGACAUAUGCAGUUAGCGAUGGGGGAACAGCUGCGACCACAAACCCGUAUAGUGCCAUCAUCGCCUCAACACCACUCACCAUCGCUUGGAGCAGGAUACAUCCAAAGCCAGUAUGAUGCUGAUCUACAGUUCCAACAAUUCAUCAGCUCAAACUUGAGUGUUCUUAAUGAUGAUGAGAAAGCAAUUGCAAAGAUGCAUAUCCAAAAGAUCCUUAUGGAUGCACGGUUCGGACAAGGAACCUGCCUUCGUAUUAUGCAGGAAGAAGAAAUGGCUUCGCAGACCGAUGCAGGUGGUCCAUCGACCACGAGGGAUGGCACUCAAGCACUUGAUAUGUAA